CGCGCGAAUCGCUUUAUAUUUCUCUACCGCGAGGCCACUCCAGAAAUUCCAUCGGCUCCUCCGACUGAGAGAGAGAGGGAGGGGGAGGGAGGAAUCCUCGCCAAUCUGAGAUUUCGGUUGCUCAUCUUUGGUGGUGUCAUUUAGAAAUGAGAUAAUCAAGGUAAAUCCAUGGAGGAAGAGGAGGAUAAGCUCCUAUUAAGUAGUCUGGGUGUCACAUCUGCGAAUCCUGAAGAUAUUGAGCGCGGCAUACUAACAGAGGUGAAAAAUGAUGCUGGAGGCAGAAAUGAAGCUACAGAGAGCACUGUAGAGCAGUUUCUUGAUGAAGAACAUGGGACUGAACCAUCAGCUACAGCCCGAGACAAACUUUUUAAUAAACUGAGGGCAGUAGAAGUUGAAAUAGAUGCUGUUGCAGCCAGUGUUAAACAGGCACGGAAUAUUGCAAGAAAUGAAAACAAUACUUCAGAUAGUACUGAUAAUAGGGUGGAGGGAGAUUUAGAUGACAGCAAAAAUGCUGUUCAAGAUUCUGUCAGUGGUUUAAACCUUCAACAUGCUUUAGCUGCUGACCGUCUAAGAAGCCUUAAGAAAACAAAGGCCCAACUCCAGAAAGAUCUUAGUGAGUUGCAUAAGAAUGAUUCAAUUGAGGGUGUUGGGAAUGAGAAGCUUCUUGACAAGUUGGUUAGGGAAGAGACGAAGCAAAAGCGAAGGUUGAAAGAAAUAAAACCUACUGGCAAAGGCUCAAAAAAGAGGCAGAAAUCAGUUGCAUUUGACGAGGAUGUUGAUUUUGAUGCCGUGUUGGAUGCAGCAUCUGCAGGAUUUAUUGAAACGGAAAGGGAUAAGUUGGUACGCAAGGGUGUUUUAACUCCUUUUCAUAAACUCAAAGGCUUUGAACGCCGUCUCCAACAACCGGGACCAUCGAAUAGGCAUGGCGAGCCUGAGGAAGACUUGAGUGAGAAUCUUAUUUCCACCACUAUCGCUAAGGCUGCUCGAUCAAUCUCAGAGAUUGCAAAAGCUCGCCCAACAACCAAAUUGCUCGAUGCAAGUGCCUUACCCAAACUUGAAGCACCUACCCAUCCUUUUCGCAGGCUGAAAACACCUCUCAAGCUACUAGUGUCUCCAGGUGCUGAGAAUUCAGAGGGUAAGAACCGCAAGAUAAGUAAGCGGAAAAGGCCAUUACCUGACAAGAAAUGGAGAAAGGCAGCGUCACAGGAAGAGAAACUUCUUGAAGGAACUGAAGAAGAUGCAGGGGAACACUCUAUCCACUCUGAUUAUGAGGAAGAAAAUCAAGCAGACGUCGAAGAUGCGGACAUCAAUGAGCCAACAUCUGUAACACUUGAAGGAGGGCUAAAAAUCCCAGAAACGAUCUUCACCGAACUCUUUGACUAUCAAAAAGUGGGAGUACAGUGGCUAUGGGAGUUGCAUUGCCAAAGAGCCGGCGGGAUUAUCGGUGAUGAAAUGGGUUUGGGCAAGACCAUUCAGGUGUUAUCUUUCCUUGGAGCUUUGCAUUUCAGUAAAAUGUAUAAGCCCAGCAUCAUUAUCUGUCCUGUGACUCUUUUGCGACAGUGGAGAAGGGAAGCUCGAAAAUGGUAUCCAAGCUUUCGUGUUGAGAUUCUGCAUGAUUCUGCUCAGAUUCCUGUGAAUAAAAAGAAGCAAGCAAAAUCUGGCGAAAGUGAUGAAGAAACUGAUGGUUCAUUGGAUAGUGAUAGUGAAAGAACUCUGCCUAACAAAGGCACUAAAAAGUGGGAUUUCUUGAUCAAUCGUGUUUUGAGAUCGGAAUCAGGUUUGCUUAUUACUACCUACGAGCAACUCCGGAUACUUGGCGAGAAGUUGCUUGAUAUAGAAUGGGGGUAUGCUAUCUUGGACGAAGGUCACCGUAUCCGAAACCCCAAUGCGGAAAUUACCCUAGUUUGUAAACAGCUUCAGACAGUGCAUCGUAUUAUCAUGACGGGUGCACCAAUUCAAAACAAGCUGAGUGAGUUAUGGUCGCUUUUUGACUUUGUCUUUCCUGGGAAGUUGGGUGUCUUACCAGUAUUUGAGACUGAAUUCGCUGUUCCUAUAUCGGUUGGUGGGUAUGCAAAUGCAACCCCAUUACAAGUGUCCACAGCCUACAGGUGUGCGGUAGUUUUACGUGACAUGAUAAUGCCAUACCUCCUUCGACGUAUGAAGGCGGAUGUGAAUGCUCAGCUUCCGAAGAAAACCGAGCAUGUUCUUUUUUGCAGCUUGACUGCAGAGCAGCGGUCUGCAUAUCGAGCAUUUCUUGCUAGCUCUGAGGUGGAACAAAUAUUUGAUGGAAAUAGAAACUCACUAUAUGGAAUUGAUGUCAUGCGUAAGAUUUGCAACCAUCCUGAUCUGCUUGAAAGAGAGCACUGUGCCAACAAUCCUGACUAUGGGAAUCCGGAGCGCAGUGGAAAAAUGAAAGUGGUUGAGCAAGUACUUAAGGUGUGGAAGGAACAAGGUCACCGUGUUCUUUUUUUCGCGCAGACCCAACAAAUGCUGGACAUUCUUGAGAAAUUCCUGAUGGCAGGUGGCUAUACCUACCGGCGGAUGGAUGGGCUCACUCCCGUAAAACAACGAAUGUCUCUAAUAGAUGAAUUCAAUAACUCGACUGAUGUGUUUAUUUUCAUUCUUACUACUAAAGUUGGUGGACUGGGGACAAAUUUGACUGGUGCCAAUAGGGUGAUCAUAUUCGAUCCUGACUGGAACCCUUCGACGGAUAUGCAGGCAAGAGAACGUGCUUGGCGAAUUGGUCAGACACGGGAUGUUGUGGUUUAUAGACUGAUUACCCGUGGAACAAUAGAGGAGAAGGUAUACCACAGGCAAAUCUACAAGCAUUUCCUAACCAAUAAGAUACUGAAGAACCCACAACAGAGAAGGUUCUUUAAAGCUAGAGACAUGAAAGAUCUCUUCACUUUGCAAGAUGAUGGCGAGGGUGGUUCUACUGAAACAUCAACUAUUUUCGGUCAGUUGUCUGAUGAUGUAAAUGUUGGUGUUCACGACAACAAGGUAGAUAAACUGGAAUCCUCAACUGCUGUAAUACAUACAGACAAUGCUGCACUUAGUGAAAGAACCAAUUCUUCAAAACAUGGAACAAGAAAGGGGAAAGAGAAGGCUGAAGAAAGUGAUGGUGAAGUAGACGAAGAAACUAAUGUGUUGAAGAGUCUUUUUGAUGCUCAAGGGAUUCAUAGUGCCAUGAACCACGAUGUGAUUAUGAAUGCCAACGAUGGAGAGAAGAUGAGGCUUGAGGAACAAGCUAACCAAGUUGCAAAAAGGGCGGCUGAAGCCUUACGAAAGUCACGGAUGCUUCGCAGCCAAGAGGUUGUAUAUGUUCCAACAUGGACCGGUAGAUCUGGGGCGGCUGGCGCCCCAUCAUCCGUCCGUAAGAAGUUUGGGUCUACCGUAAAUUCUCGACUUCUCAGUUCUACAAAACCACCAGAAGGUUCUUCUUCAGGCGGUGGGACAAGUAAGCUUUAUGGUCUCGCGGCUGGAGCCUCUACCGGCAAGGCCUUAUCUUCGGCUGAACUAUUGGCCAGAAUUCGAGGGACCCAAGAAAGAGCGGUGCGUGAUGGGCUUGAACAUCAGGUCAGGUCGGCCUCUGAUUCUCAUCAUGGAGCACAACCUAAGCUUUAUGGUCUCGCGGCUGGAGCCUCUACUGGCAAGGCCUUAUCUUCGGCUGAACUAUUGGCCAGAAUUCGAGGGACCCAAGAAAGAGCAGUGCGUGAUGGGCUUGAACGUCAGGUCGGGUCGGCCUCUGAUUUUAAUCAUGGAGCACAACCUAAGCUUUAUGGUCUCGCGGCUGGAGCCUCUACUGGCAAGGCCUUAUCUUCGGCUGAACUAUUGGCCAGAAUUCGAGGGACCCAAGAAAGAGCGGUGGGUGAUGGGCUUGAACGUCAGGUCGGGUCAGCCUCUGAUUCUAAUCAUGGAGCACAGCCUAAGCUUUAUGGUCUCGCGGCUGGAGCCUCUACCGGCAAGGCCUUAUCUUCGGCUGAACUAUUGGCCAGAAUUCGAGGGACCCAAGAAAGAGUGGUGGGUGUUGGGCUUGAACGUCAGGUCGGGUCAGCCUCUGAUUCUAAUCAUGGAGCACAACCUACAGCAGAUGGCGGGCCAUCUAAGGCCUCCCAUAAAACACAUUCAGUGCCAGAGGUCUUGACUGGCCAGCUUUGUACAUUCAUACAGUUAGUGGGUGGAAGUACCACUACAGCUGCUAUAGUGAAGCAUUUCAAAGACAAGAUACCCUCCAAAGAUCUGCCCUUGUUUAAGGAUCUUCUCAAGGAGAUAGCCACAUUGAAGAAGGACUCUAAUGGAGGUACUUGGUUCCUGAAACCAGAGUAUAAAAAAUAGCUAUCUCUUCAAGUCACAGAUUUUGGCCUCAUUAUGAUAGUUUUCCAGUCUUAUCCGCCAUCCUAGAAAUUAUCACUCAACUACGGUGUUUUCCCUGGGCAUUAAACUGGUUUGAAGAUCUUGCAAACACCGAAAAGGCACAUGACAGUUGCACGCGGUAAGUUGCAGUUGGUCUAUCUCUGUGAAUGAGGGAAUGCUAAGCAGACGCUCAUUUGCAAUCGCGAAACUGAAGCACCACACAUAUGCCAAAGUGGCACACAUGCCAGACCUGUGCUGUUCAUCAGGUGGUUCCUAUAGAGUAUCAGCCCUUACAGGACAGGCUGGCCACUUGUUAGGUGAGCCAGAUGCAGUACGAGAAAACCGAAUUGUUGAAAACGGAUAACCAACACUUUACAUCCAACAUGCAUUUGGGGCCCAACCUGAUAACUGGACCUCAGACAGUUCAGCCUGAUAUUUGGGCCAGUGCAUAUUCACCACAGGAUGUGACUUGUGAACGGCCUGGAUCUUGCACAAGCCUGCCACUUUUGCAUAAGUAGAGCACUUGGGUUGUCACUCGCAGAUACGUGCUCUUGUUUGCUUGCCAUUUUUGCACCAUAGUAGUGGUCUAGCAGCCGAAGCAUUUCUUUUUGUACACAUUUAAAAUUCUUUUGUUCUUGAGGAGAAAGAAUCUGCAUUUUGUUCUUUGUACUCCAGAAUAUUUUUAUUAAUUGUAAACUAUAGGGUCUAGAAUUUGAGAAAAGCGUUACAUACACUCCCCAUUUAUGUUUC